CUCACCUGCGCUGUGUUAAGACUAUGGCGUGUGGCACCAGAAAAUGGGAGGAGGAGAUCUCAAUUUGAAAAAGUCGUGGCAUCCCUCGACCUUCCGUAAUCAAGAGCGAGUAUGGAAGGAAGAACGGAAGCAUGCUGACGAACAGCAAAAGAUCGACCAGAUGCGAAAGGAACUUGAAGAAGAACGACAGGUUCAGGAAUUACAGCGAAUGCAAGAAGCAGCUGGCGGAAAGAAACGAGCAGACAAGUUGGACUGGAUGUACGCAGCACCGAACGCUUCACAAACGCCGGGUGGAGAUGAUAUGGAAGAGUACUUAUUGGGAAAGAAAUCCGUCGACAACCUACUUCGCUCCAAAGGAGAAGUACAAAAAGUCAACGACUCCGUCAAUGAACGGUUCGCACUCAACACUGCCAGUCCUGUCAACGAACGUGAUACUGCCGCCAAGAUCAGAGAAGACCCUCUACUUGCCAUCAAACGACGAGAACAGGAAGCUGUCAAAGCUAUCAUGAAUAACCCUUUGAAAAUGCGAGCACUUCAGGAUUCUAAAUCAGGAAAGAAGAAGAAGAAGGAUAAGAAGGAACAUAAGCAUAGGAAGGAGCACAAGAGUCGAAAACAUAGAAGCUCUGACGAUCGGGAAGAGGAGGAAUCAGAUCGCUACAAGCGCCGACGACAUGAAUCAUCACGGUCGCCUGUGCGAAGUAGACAUGAGGCAUCUCGCUCUCCAAUUCGCAGCGACAAAUAUCGACGACGUGAACGAUCUCCAUCACCAACGUCAGACCGUGGCCGCCGCUCGAGACGAUCUCCUUCACCAUAUUCUAGGAGUAGUCGCAAUAGAUCUUAUAGCCCUCGAGAUCGCCGUAUAUCGGCACAUUGACCACCAUAACCCACUCUGACUGUUAUGAUCCUUUCACAUGUAAACAGAAAAAAUAAACACUAUUACUUUUUGAUAUGCUCUAUUUCCACUGUCAUUUCCUUGAGCAUCAGAUAUACAAUAAAAUAAUAUAUAUGAAACCAAGAAAAUGUAGUAGCCGUAAGAUGAAAAGAUCUAGAUUAUGUGC